AUACAACAGAGACUUUCGAACGAUUGUAAAUGGCUAACGCCAUUAUGCGGCUUUACGUCGUGUAUUUUGCGCACUCAAUCUCAUUCCCAUGAAGUUGGUUGCAGUUUGACGUUGGUACUUUUUGGGUGAUGUUCGCUCGAAAAUCGAUAGAUACACGAAUACUGGAGUGCAGUUGUGUGGCAUUAUUGGUAGAGAGAUUAUGUUGACACUUUGCGUUUGUUUGUGAAACAUGACAUCUGAAUUAAUAAAAGAUGUCAAUGAGAUUUAUUCACGGAUUUUCCACCAUAGGCAAUUUCUAAGUGGUGAAAUCAACUAUUUUUUGAGAGAAUUUGAGCAAAAACGAAACGAUAAAGAAAUAGAAAACUUAUUUUCAUCGGUACAAAACACAAUCGAGGCAAAAGAUUCAACCGUGGAAAAGUGUUGCAUUUUGAGUGAAACUAAUUUGCCGCUAUUGAAAAUUAAACUGGAUGAAACGUUGACUUUGUGCGAAAGCGUUCUGACCCGGGGAGUUAAUAAAGAAGCAGAAAAACGUCGUGAAGAUAAUCGGCUUGCGCGCACGGAGACUUGGAAUCGUUUCGUUGAUGAUAUGAAACACAAGCAAUCUUAUGUAGAGAAUACGUUUGAAGAGAAGGAAGAAGAACUGCGCGAAUUUUAUUCCGAUUUAGAGCGAAAACUACAUAUUCAUAAAUAAAAUACAGACAAUCCGAUAAAGAUGGUGAAAGUGUCUAUCAAAGAUCAAUCGAUUGGUAUAAAGCCAUCUGAGAAAUUGAUAGAUUUCAUAAAAUCAUCGUUGAAUGAUGUGUCCAUUGAUUUGCCGGAAAAUUUGCUAAAGGUUUAUGAAGCAUUUACCCAGGAUAUUCAAAAAAGAAAUAUUUAUAAGCAGCCAAUUCCAACCGAAGCUCUGACCGAAGAAGAGAGGAAACUUUUGAUUGCCCUGUCGGACGAUACAUUCCAAAAUACAACCGAUUUACAGAAGUGCCUCGAAUCGCUGUCCGUGUAUACUUGUCAUGAUGACGAAAAUAAUAGCAAUUCGGAAAUUGAAGAAAUAGUAUCGACUGGUGGUGAACGAAUCAGUAAGAAUAAGGCUCGUCAAAUACGUGCAAAACAACGAGAAAAAGAGCUAUCAAAACUUACACUCAAUCUAUCGGAUCUAAAGUGGCUUCAUCAGUAUCUGUUGGGUAAGCGUAAGACCGACAAUUCGAUCAGUUACUUACACGAGCUAAUUGAAGGAUCACAAUUAGUAUUGCCAUCAAAUGAAUACACCGAACGAAACCCAGAACUAGAAGCGCGAUGUCAACGUUUGAAACGUGAACAAGAUGAUCUAAUAUAUCGUUUAAUGACGAAAAAUGUGGACUGCUCAAGAUCACAUGAACCGGAGGAGACAAUUUCUUACCAAGGUAAAAGCUUUGAAUGUUUGGUGACACACCACACUACGUUAUUGUAAAUAUAUUUUUCACUCAUCGAUAUUUUCUUCUGUAUUUCCUCUAGUCAAACAAAUUAACCGGCAAUUGAUUGCGGUGAUAAAUUUCCUUUUCUCCAUAGCAGCUGGAUUUGCAUUUGGUUUUAUUGGCAUCGAACUGCUUGUGGGCAAUUUAGAUUUUGGUUUUCGCCUAUUAUUAGGUAUAAUAUGUUCUUUGAUCGUUGCAUUAGCUGAAAUCUAUUUGCUAGCCAAGAAAUUAAACGAAGAAAUCGAUGAAGCCGAACAAGCAACACACGGUCAAGCAAAAAAAUCUAAUGUAACAUCUGGGUCUAGAGUCGAAAAUUUGAAAGAACACAACGAUUAAUUUAUGUAGUAGAUUCAUUCGAAUAAAAUUCAGUUGGAAUUUGUGGCUAA